AUGAACCGCCCAAUCGUCUUACCAAAUGGGUACAUGUUGAUCGGCUAUGUGAAGCAUGGCCAGAUGCUCUCAGAUUCCUGGACCACGCACAUGAACAACGAAAUACUGAGUCAGAAUCUAUUCAACGACCUGAUAAACAUCAUGGUCUCACUGAGCCAAAUCCAACUUCCCCGUAUAGGAUCCCUGACCCUGAACAAUCGCGGGCUGGUUACGUUGACAAAUCGACCUCUGCCGCUGGAGCUUCAAACCUUUGAGAACGAGGGAAUCCAAACCAUCCCCGGAACAUCAAGGUAUGAGUCGGUGGAGCCCUACCUCCUCGACCUCUUACAAUGCCAUGAUAGCCGCAUCUAUCAUCAGCCAAAUUCAACCCGCAAUGUCAAAGACAGCCAAGAACAGUUCGCUGCUUUGACCAUGAUGCGCAUUAUAUCCCUCAUUGACUUGGAGUGGGCGUGCUCACCUCCAAUCGAGCUCCAAACACCCCCUUACUGGCUGUGUGGUCGGCUGGUUGAUGGCAUCGAGAGAGAACACUUGGAAGUUUUCGAAAGGAGAAUCAACGAAUUCAUCAAUCCUUUCGAAGAACAGCACUCCAAUCCUGUCCAGGCAGAAAUUAUGGGUUCGUGCUGGAAAAGGGGAAGUUUCUGGUACGUUCAGGCAGUGAACACGGCGAAAGGGCUCCUGCGGAUUUUCACCGAACACAUACUAUACAGGCAUGUACUGCGAGGCCCAUUGCACCCAGAGCAUACAGUAUUCGACCACAUUGUUGGUCCAUACUGGUGCGUGGGUACGGAUAACAUCAUCCAGACGAAGCUGGAGGAUGAUGACACGUACAAGGGGCGACUGAGACAGCGGUUUGAUAGAUGUUAA